CCUCUCCACCAAUCUGUGUUCGGCUAAAUUUAUCUGAGUGACGUCAGCGCUGACCAAUGAGGAGCCGCGCUGCCGCCUGGGGGCGGAGCUUCUGGUCCCGGUCAGAGAAAGUGCCACGACUCUGCAGCCUGACAGACUCCGCUGAGACUUCCUGUUCGACACUUGGAUCAGUCAUGGACGUCUCCGACCCGCAGACGCUCGGCUUCAUGGUCUUUGGAAGUUUCAUGAUCAUCUCGGCGGUGGGCAUCGCCCUCGUCUCCACGCUCUCCAUGAAGGAGACUUCGUACGAGGAGGCGCUGGCCAAACAGCGUCGCCAGCUCGUCCACACACACUCCCAGAGAGCAGAGAAGAAGAAGAAGGACAAGACCCUGGAGAAGAAGAACAAGGCCAAGAGGAAGGAGGACCGGCCCGACGGGAAACUCUCAGAACUAAGUGGUGAUGGUGGCGAAGAUUCUGAGGUGGUAGAAUCUGACCCAGAACCUGCUGCUGAGCCUGCGGCUGCCCCUGAACCCAAACCAGCACCUGAACCGGAACCAGAACCCACUAUGGUUACCACCGCCACCGCCAUCGAGUCGGCUCCAGCGCCCUCACCAAAGGAGACGAAGAAGAAGAAGUCAGCCAAGGAGGAGCCAGCUGCUGGUGUGGAAACCGUUGCUAAGGAAGUUCUGGUCACGGCCGUGGCGCCGGUGGUCGACGUUUCAUCGGUGAAUGUUGUUCCUGAAGUCACCAAAGAACAGUCUGCUACCAAAACUGAAGAACCCAAAGAGACCUUGAGCAAGAAGAAGAAGUCCAAGAACAAACCUGAACCAGUGAGCAACUCUGCUGACUCGUCCCGGCCGCUGACAUACGGCGAGCUGCUGUCCGCCGUGUCCAACAUGACGCUCAGCGAGGACGAGAUCCACAAACUCAUGAAGGUCCUGAACCAGAAGGCCGGUGUCCGCCAGGACUCCUGGCAGCUGGCCAGUCAGAAAGGAGACCCGCUGUCUGCGCUGAAGAAACAGCUAGAGGAGAAAGAGAAGCUGCUGACCACCAUGCAGGAGGACGCCGCCGCCGCCAAGAGCCGUCUGCGGGAGCUCAGCAAGGAACUUGGUGCAGAGAAAUCCAAGAUGGCGUCUUCGGAGGCCAGUCUGAAGGCGGAGCUGAGAUCUCGGGUUCAGGAGGUUGAGGCUCUGCGGGCCAGAAUGCAGACUGCUGACCAGGAACAUCUGAAACAGACCCAGCAGCUCAACCAGAAGAUCGGGAGUCUGCAGGAACAGCUGGAGAACGGCCCCAAUGCUCAGCUGGCCCGACUGCAGCAGGAGAACUCCAUCCUCCGAGACGCCCUGAACCAGGCAACCAGCCAGGCCGAGAGCAGGCAGAAUGCGGAGCUGGCCCGUCUCAGGCAGGACUGUGUCCGUCUGGGUCGGGAGUUGACCGAGCGAACCGACGCUCUGCGUGCGGACGAGGAGCGCAGGAAGAGCCUGGAGGCCAAGAUGGCGGCGGCCCAACAAGAACUGGCCCGAGCCCAGCUGGUCCACGCAGACACCGAGCGCGCUCUGCAGCGGCGACUGGAGGAAGUGUGUUCCGAGCUGAAAAUGUCGCAGCAGGAAGCUGCUGCUGUUAGCGAGCUGCAGGGGGCGCUGGUGUCCAGGGAGGCUGAGCUGCAGGAGAUCAAGGUCCAGCUGGAGAACCAGGCUGCAGUCCAGGCGGACGGAUCGUCUGACGUGGAGCAGCUGAAGAUCUGCGUGCAGCGCAGAGACGAGCAGGUCGUCGCUCUGGAGGCGGAGCUCACUCAGCUGAGGGAGGAGCUACAGCUGCUGACAUCAUCACAGUCGCAGAGAGCGACAGAAGAGGAAGCAGCCGGUGAUCCGACGCAGAAAGACGUGAGUUUAACAGCUGCUGAUUGGUCGUCUUCUCCUCUGCAGGGAUCAGGAAGUGAAACAGAGUCCGAGCAGCCGUUUGAAAGUCUGGAGGAAGACUCUCAGCUGCUGCGUCUGGAGGAAGAGCUGCAGCAGGCUCGUAACCAUGCCGACGAGUUGAGGGAGAAAAUGGCGGCUUCGGCGGUGGCGUUUUCGGCUGCAGAGCACCUGAGCGAGCAGAGGGAGGCGGAGCUUAAAGCAGCGCUGGCUGAAGCUGAGUCCAGCUUUGUAUCCCUGCGUUUGGACUUCCAGGCGUCGCUGCAGGUUCUGUUUCCUGGUAUCUCUGUGGAGGCGGAGCAGAAAAACUGGCUGCAACUUUUUACUCAGAGAGUUCAGGAGGGUAAAGGUGAAGCAGAGCGCGCUCACUCUGAGCUGCAGUCGAGGCUGAAGGAGGCCGAGAGGCUGCAGGCGGAGUUUGAUCAGAACAGGAAGCUGCUGCAGGAAACGAAGGCGGAGCUUCAGGCUCUGCGGCAACGGUGUGAAGAAGAACAAACAAUCUGGAAGAACAAACAGUCUGAAGCCGAACAGCAGAAACAAAUGAUCCUGGAUCAGCUGAAGCUGCUGGAAGAGGAAGUUCAGAGGAAGAGGACGGAGACAGAAGACACUCAGCAGCUGAAGGAGCAGCUGAUGCUGGUGGAGGCUCAGCUGGAGAAGCAGCUGGAGGAGGCCACGUUCAGCCAGAGCUGCAGCGAGGAGCUCGCUCAGGUGCAGUCUCGGCUGCAGCAGACGUCCGCCAGGCUGCAGUCGGAGCAGCAGCAGCGACAGCAGCUGGACAGAGAGCUGCAGCAGGCUCGACAGGAAGUGCUGGCUCUGCGGGCGGAGGCUGACCAGAGAUCUGCUGCGCCGCUCAAGGAGGCGGCGCCGGUCGAGGUGAAGGAGGAGACGCCGGUGUGAAACAUCACGCUUCACUUCCUGUGUGGUUACCAUGGCUACACAUAGUGAUGUCUUUAUGGUAGCGAUAGAAAUCAGAGAUCUGAGCACGUGACGAGAGAACGAAGCCGACGUGUUUGUUUUUUACAUGAUUUCACUGGACUUUCUGCUGCUCACUGAGACGCUUCAGGACAAAUAAACUGUAAAGUCUCAA